GAGGUGAAAAAUAGCUGUUAGUGUUCAGGCACGGCAACCCAACGGUAGAAAAGGAAACAAUUGUCUCUAGUUUCCGGCGGCCGGCCGUCUUCCGGCGAGAAGUUAUCCGCUUUCCGGCGAAACUCGACGCCCCUCCUCCGCGGAUUCUUUUUGAUCAACCCCACUGUCGCCUUCUCCUCGCCGGAGUCCGACGGUGUUUUCCGGCCAGAAGACUGCCUAAUUUUUCUUCUCCUACUCUCUAUUAUCCGAGCUCCCAAGCAUUUCGUCUGCUGUUAUUUUUCUCGUUCUUCUUCUCAUUUCUGUCUUCGCUGCAGGAUAGCGGAUUUUUCUUUGGUUUCCUUUUCUAGGAUCGUUAGCUCGUUCUUUCGUUUCGCUUUCAACUAACUUGCCUCUGAUGGUCAAUGCUGGCGUUUUCUUCGUGUUCUUCUGGUUUUUCUCUGUACAAGUUUCUCCUUUUUGGCUUCCCGUGUUCCAAUCUCUCGUGCUACCUUAAAAAGUCGAGGUCUUGGUGUUGAUUAUUGAGAGCCCAGUAGAAAAAUCGAAAUCUUUGAGCUUGGUUUUAGAUCUUGUGAUGGAGAACUAGCAUGUCACAGAAGGCAAGAUAAGGGAGGAAUUUUUCAAAGGAAGAAGGGGGAGAAAUUUUGUUAGGAGAUGAGAAAUCUACUGUUCUACCCAGUUUUAUUUCUCGUUUUCUUUCCUCUUUUGGCAAUGUCCGGCGCUCUCAACGACGACGUCCUUGGCCUGAUCGUCUUCAAGGCCGACCUCCAAGAUCCCACCUCCAAGCUCACAUCUUGGAACGAGGACGACAACGACCCCUGCGGCUGGAUGGGCAUUACGUGCAACCCCACAACCAACCGGGUCACCGAGCUCAACCUUGAUGGCUUUUCCCUCUCUGGAAAGAUUGGGCGUGGUCUCCUCCAGCUCCAAUCCCUCCGGAAGCUAUCCCUCUCGAAGAACAACUUCUCAGGCAGUCUCAAUCCCAAUCUCUCCCGGCUCGAAAGCCUCUGGACUGUGGAUCUCAGCGAAAACAAUCUCUCCGGCUCGAUCCCCGACGAGUUUUUCCAGCAAUGCAGGUCCCUGAGAACCAUCUUGCUGGCCAACAACGCAUUCUCAGGGGAGAUUCCACCAGGCGUCGGUUCCUGCUCGACGCUAGCGGAGUUGAACAUCUCCUCCAACCGGCUCUCUGGUCGGUUGCCGAGCGGGCUCUGGUCUUUGUAUGGCCUCAGAUCACUUGACCUCUCCGGCAAUUCUCUGUCUGGUGAUAUACCAAUGGGAAUAAGUCGGCUGUACAAUCUGAGGGCAAUCGACUUGCGAGGUAACCGGCUUUCCGGGGGGCUGCCGGAUGACAUUGGAGGUUGUUUGCUGUUGAAAUCGCUCGAUCUCAGUGAAAAUUUGCUCACCGGUAAGCUCCCUGAAACAUUGCAGAAGCUUUCUAUUUGUAGUUAUUUGAGUUUGGGCUCGAAUUCUUUCUCCGGUGAAGUCCCGACAUGGAUUGGAGAAAUGAAAAGUUUAGAGACUUUGAAUUUGUCAGGCAAUGGGUUUUCUGGCCAGGUUCCAGACUCCAUUGGCAACCUUCAGGUAGUGAAAAGAUUGGAUUUUUCCCAGAAUAACUUCACAGGGAGCUUGCCAGAAUCGAUAGGCAUUUGCAAAAGCCUCUUGGAGGUGGAUUUCAGCCAAAACUCCCUGAUCGGUGAUCUGCCAACAUGGAUUUUUGAGUUGGGCUUGCAGAGUAUUUCAGUUUCGGGGAAUAAAAUGAGUGGCUCUAUACAAAUUCCUAUUACUACGGAUCAGACCCUGAAGAUAUUGGAUUUAUCCAACAAUGGUUUCUCUGGUAGAAUUCCAGUUGAUAUCGGGAACAUUCAUGGCUUGCAGUUCCUGAACCUAUCCUGGAAUUCGCUGUCGGGUUCUAUCCCGGCGAGUGUCAGGGAGUUGAAGUCAUUGCAGGUCCUUGAUCUAAAUGGAAAUCGGCUCAACGGAAGCAUCCCGCUGGAGAUAGGGGAAGCAGUCUCUCUGAAUGAGCUGAAUUUGCAUAAGAAUUCACUCACUGGAGGAAUCCCAACUCAGAUUGGGAACUGCUCUUCCCUCACAUCUUUGAUAUUAUCACAGAACAAUCUCACAGGCCCAAUACCCCCAACCUUAGCCAAUCUCACCAACCUCCAAACCAUAGAUCUCUCCCACAACAGGCUAACAGGAACUCUUCCAAAGCAACUUUCCAACCUCCCCCACCUCCUUUCCUUCAACAUCUCCCACAACCUCUUCUCAGGGGACCUCCCAGCCGGAAACUUCUUCGACACCAUCCCUCCCUCCUCCAUCUCCGACAACCCCGGCCUCUGUGGUUCUGUUGUCAACCGCUCCUGCCCUGCUGUCCUCCCCAAGCCCAUAGUCCUCAACCCCAACUCCUCCUCACCCAACCCCUCUUCCAAUUCGGCCUUCUCCCCUGGCAAACUCCGCCACAAGAAGAUCAUUCUGAGCAUUUCUACUCUCAUUGCCAUUGGAGCUGCUGCUUUGAUCAUGCUUGGUGUUUUCACCAUCACCGUCCUAAACAUCCGGGUCCGUGCUGCAGCCACCUCCCAGUCUGCUGCAGCCCUGGUCCUCUCCGAUGGCUACUACAGCCAUUCCCCCGGGACUGAAGCAGACUCCGGCAAGCUUGUCAUGUUCUCUGGAAACGACCCUGACUUCAGUGCUGGUGCCCAUGCAAUCCUUAACAAGGACUGCGAACUUGGCCGGGGUGGAUUCGGUACGGUAUACAAGACCAUCCUACGAGAUGGCCGACCUGUGGCCAUCAAGAAGCUCACUGUCUCUAGCCUAGUGAAGUCCCAAGAAGAUUUCGAGAGGGAGGUCAAGAAGCUGGGGAAAGUUAGACACCCAAAUCUUGUAACGCUUGAAGGCUACUAUUGGACUCCAUCUCUGCAGCUCCUCAUCUAUGAGUUUGUCUCUGGUGGGAAUCUCUACAGACAUCUCCAUGAAAGCUCUGCAUCGAACUCGCUCUCCUGGCGAGAGAGGUUCGAUAUAAUUCUCGGGAUUGCGAGAAGUUUAGCCCACCUCCACCGGCUCAACAUAAUUCACUACAAUCUCAAGUCCAGCAACAUUCUGAUUGAUGGCUCGGGAGAGGCUAAGGUGGGGGACGCUGGAUUGGCAAAGCUAUUGCCAAUGCUGGAUCGCUAUGUACUUAGUAGUAAAAUCCAAAGCGCACUUGGAUACAUGGCACCGGAGUUCGCCUGCCGGACGGUGAAGAUCACUGAGAAAUGUGAUGUUUAUGGAUUUGGAGUGUUGGUGCUGGAGAUCAUAACAGGGAGGCGGCCGGUGGAAUACAUGGAGGAUGAUGUGGUGGUGUUAUGUGAUGUGGUGAGGGGGGCAUUGGAAGAAGGGAGGGUAGAGGAGUGCGUGGAUGGGAGGCUUGGUGGAAAGUUUCCGGUGGAGGAGGCUGUGCCGGUGGUGAAGCUGGGCUUGAUUUGUACGUCACAGGUGCCAUCGAACCGGCCGGAUAUGGCAGAGGUGGUGAACAUUUUGCAGCUGAUCAGGUGCCCCCUGAAUGAACCAGAAGAGGAGUUGAGCUGAGCUGAGGCUUCCUCCUUGAAGCUUCUUUUGCUUUUCCAUUUUAUUACUUGAAAUCUAAGACAUGAACUCUGAGAGAGAGAGAGAGAGAGAGCUAUAGGGUUUUUACGGUGAAGAGGAAUCCGGUUUGCCAGUUUAGAAUGAGAGGAAGAGGCUUGGGAUGUGGUGAUUCGGAGAGGAAGUGUUAUGAGGCGGUCUCAUAUUAGUUUGGGGGAAGGUGCUGUUUUCCUCUGCUCUCCAAGUGGGUGCUAGUGUUUGUGUUGACCGGAUUCCCUUUCACCGGGCACUUGGCACUGUGGGACCCUUUAAACGAGUUUAUUCCUUAUUUUCUCUGAUUUUUAUGUGCUUCUGUUUACCAACAUUGUUCUGAGAUUGGACAUGGAAGGGUGAUG